CAUAUAUCAUGGAAACAGUGUCAGUAACAUCAGUGGUGAUUUAAAGUAUUAAAUUAGGAGUGUACCGGGCAGCGGGCUGCUGUUUCAAUGAUCGGGUGGAGUAUCUAGGCUGCUGCUCCAUACAGAGAGCUUCACCAUGUGGAGGAGAGCAGCGAGCUCGGUGCUCUGGGGACCAAAGGUCCUCCACACGGUCCGGUCCAGCUGUAGCAGGGUCUCCGGGAAGACCUGGGUCAGACCCACCGGGUUCGAUACCGGGGUGGAAACGUUCAACAGCCUGACCAAACAGAAAGAGCCUCUGAUCCUGGCCAGAGAGGGAGUAGCCACCUGGUACUGCUGUGGACCCACCGUGUACGAUCAUGCCCACCUGGGUCAUGCAUGCUCCUACGUCAGGUUUGAUAUCCUGGAGAGGAUUCUGUCCCGGCUGUUUGGAGUCACCGUGGUCCGUGCCAUGGUCAUCACUGACAUAGAUGACAAAAUAAUCAACAGAGGUUUGGAGGAAAAUGUUUCCCCAAGUGUCAUCGCCUCGCUGUAUGAGGAUGAAUUCAAGAGGGACAUGCUGUCAUUAAAGGUGAUUCCUCCUGCAGUGUAUAUGAGAGUCACUGAGAACGUGCAUCAUAUUGUCGCGUUUAUUGAUGGGAUCAUCAAGAAUGGACACGCAUACGCCACCAAAGAAGGUGAUGUGUAUUUUGACGUCCGGUCCAUCGGUGAUCGGUACGGCAAGUUUAUGGGAGCUGUGGAUCCUCAGGGAGAAGAAGGCGUCGGGAAUAAACGGGACUCGAGGGAUUUUUCUCUUUGGAAGCGGGCCAAACCCCAGGAGCCAUACUGGGAGUCUCCGUGGGGCCGAGGGAGACCCGGCUGGCAUAUUGAAUGUUCCACUAUCGCCAGCUCCGUGUUUGGGAGUCAGCUGGACAUCCACUCUGGAGGCAUCGACCUGGCCUUCCCUCACCAUGAGAACGAGGUGGCUCAGAGUGAAGCCUAUCACCAGUGUCAUCAGUGGGCAAACUACUUCCUCCACUCAGGGCACUUGCACCUAAAAGGCAGCACGGAAAAAAUGUCUAAAUCAUUAAAGAACUUUAUCACCAUCAAGGAUUUCCUCAAGUCGUACUCUGCCAAUGAAUUCCGGAUGUUUUGUCUUUUGUCUAAAUACAGAUCAGCUAUAGAUUACAGUGACAACAGCAUGUUGGUGGCUCGGACCUCUUUACAAAGCGUCUACACCUUCAUGCACGAUGCUCAGGCCUACAUGAAGGGUCAGCUGAUGUGUUCCCCCGUACAGGAAGCUGUUCUCUGGGAGAGGUUGGCUGAGACUAAAUCCAGCGUGAUGAAAGCACUGGCAGAUGAUUUUGAGACCCAUAGAGCCAUCAAUGCUGUGAUGAAUCUGGUUUUUCAUGGAAACCGCCAACUCCAGCCUGUUUCAAAGUGUGAGGGAACAGCCCGGAGCCCUGCAGUAUUUGGAGCGAUGGUCAGCUACAUCAGAGAAAUCUUGGAUGUGUUUGGGAUCGAUCUGCUGCACAGUGAGGAGGCGGAGGCGGUCGCUGGCCGUGUGAGUGUGGAGGCCGUCGUGGAGCAGCUCACCACCUUCAGAAGUGAAGUUCGAGCGUUUGCACUAGCUCGUCAGGACGGCCCGAGCAACAAACCUGGACUUUACCCAGAGAGGAUUCCUCUCCUCAAAGCCUGUGACGCCAUCAGAAAGGACCUGGCACCCUUGGGUGUCCUGAUAAAGGACAGAGGAGCCUCCUCUACGUGGGAGCUGACUCAGGGGAAACAGAGUUCGGACCAGGACGACUCAUCCAGCUGAAACCAGCUCUGCCUCUGACUCUCUUUAUGUUUUAAGCUUGUGGGCUCAAUUUAAUAACAUCACCUGAAAGACUUGAUGAAAACAAGAGACCAUACCGUCCUGACUUCAGAACACAACAAACUAACUUCAAGUUAGAUGCCUGAUGUGCCUGUUUUCAGUGGAUGAACUCAUAUUUAUUGCUUGGGAAGUCAGAAGGCAGAUUAUAGAAUAACAUCUGUCUAUUGAAGCAGGGCAAUACAUAUUUUGAUUAUUAGUUGUUUUUAUGAUGCACCUUUUGGUAUGUAUGGUGAAGGAUGAGUAUGGGCUGAAAUAUGUGUCACCAGACACUGAAUUUGAAUUAUUUAUAUUUGAAUUCGAAUUGCUUAACUUGAAUUGAAUUUGAAUCACAUAAUUUGAAUUUGUAUUGUUCAAUUUGAAUCAUUGCAUCAAAAAACUGAAUCUGAAUUGUAAUUUGAUUGAAUUUAUUAGUUUGGAACUGAAACAUUAAGUUCUCACAAUUCAAUUUCAAUUUUCUGCGACGUACAUCCGGGUCGUUGAGGCAGGGCAAUCGAGCGCAGAAAAUGGAUGUGCUGAUUGGCCUAAGUGGCGAUAUGGCAACCGGGUGGCAACAAAUGUUACAGAAAGAACAAAAAAACACUGGAGUUGCUGAUUGGCCGACGAGGUGCUAUGGCAACCAGGUGGCAACAAAUGUUACUAAAAAAACCCGGAUGUGCUGAUUGGCCGAAGAUGCGUUCUGUGUAUCUGCGCUCGAUUGCUCUGCCUUAACUACUCGGAUGUACGUCACAGAAAAUUGAAAUUGAAUUGUGAGAACUUAAUGUUUCAGUUCCAAACUAAUCAAUUCAAUCUCAAAUUACAAUUCCGAUUCAGUUUUUUGAUGCAAUGAUUCAAAUUGAACAAUAUAAAUUCAAAUUAUGUGAUUCAAAUUUAGUUUUUAAUGCAAUUAUUCAAGUUAAGCAAUUCAAAUUCAAAUAUAAAUAAUUCAAAUUCAGUUUCCGAUGGCACAUAUUUCAGCCUAUAGAUGAGAUGCUACUACAUUUAAAGUGAAGUGAUUUGCCAGUGAACCAUUUUUUACUUUCCAAGCCCACUAGAUGGCGCUCUCUGUUCAAUAAAGGGCUGAAAGUCUCAGUCACAGUCUGCACACCCAUUACUGGAGCUUUUGUUCUUUGUGGGCUGACAAAGUAAAGAAAAUGGUUAAUAGGGCUUAAUUGCAUUUUGGGAAAUUCUACCACAGUCAAAUUAGAAGACAUGAUAUCUCUUUGCUUUUAGUACAAAAAUACAAAUUGUCUGCUGCUCUUUGCCAAUUCCACCACAUGAACAAAGCCGGUCACAUUUCCCUGCAGGAAAACCUCCACUUCUACCUCUCAGAAACAUUUACAGUUCAAGAACCACGGCCAGCGAGUGCAGUAAAUUAUCGUGUCUUAUUUGUGUGUAUGAAUAAAAACUUUUUUUGUCA